UCACAGGAAUCAGGUUUACCUGCGCGGCCCCGCGGUGCACCUGUCGCGCAAAAAAAAGCUCGACUCUCCUGCGCUUCACCUGGGAUUUAUCUGCCGACCAGUCAUGUGCCAAUGAUCCUCCGCCGAACCGAAGAGUCCAAACCAACCGACCAGUCACGAUGAAGAAGGGACUGAAUUUUUUGGGUCGAAAGAACCAGUCCCUGUUCGACACCAACGUCAAAAUGAAGGACAUGGAUAAUGUGGAGCUGGUGCUGGAGUCGUCUGCGAUCCCAGAGUCAGGGACGGCCAGCGUGCGAGCCCGACCCACAGUCAAGCAUCACGCUUACUCGUCUGACAGUUUUCAAGGGUUUGCCGUCCCAACACCCAAAGUCCCUCUGCUUCCCCCCGUCAACGGUCCAAAGACCAACGGUUCAGCUCUUGGAAGUCACUUGUCCAAUGGAUCUGUUAUCUCUGUGCCCGACCUUGUGGAAGGAGAGAUUUUUGUUCCUCCUCCUCCUUCUACAGCGCCUCCACCCCCUCCAGGGACGUUCGUCCCUCCUCCACCAGACUUCAUGGGCGAUCUGAACAGUCUUCAGCCUCCUUCCAUGCCUGCACCAAAACUCCCAACACUCGCACCGUCCAUGGUGGAAGAGGACUAUUCCUUCCUAAAACCGCCACCGAUGGCUCCACCAAAGCCUCCAUCUACUUGCUCUUCCGGCUCUGGAUCAUCCAUACCCAUUUCUACUCCAUCACCAGCCAAUGUUCCUGAUCAUCCCAGGUUUGCCCCGCCACACCCCCCUGCUGAAAAGCAAAAGACUCAUAAGGUGCCACCCCCUAAGCCCAUGAGAUGGUCUUCUGUCUCCAGCCUUGACUCCCCACCACAGUCUCCUGCACCGCCUCCCCCUGUUCAGACUCCCACAUUGUCCACCUUCAAUCCCCAGAACACAGCGAAGCUGUAUAACGCUCCUAAGACCUCAAUACUAAGUGGGUAUGAGGAUCAAUCAAGGAUCGACGCAAAACGUAAGCAGAUGUUAGUCCUGGAAGACUCUGGGUCUGUUAACUCCGUCCCGGUGGUUGUCCAGGCGAAUGGGAAAGCCUCUAAAGUGGCUCCACCAACUAAACCAGUUCCCAAAGACGUACAGGAGAUAAAGGAGAACUUACAAAUCACCCAACCCUCUCAGGUACCCCAACCUGAGAUAAAGAAGGAGGCUAAAACGGAGACGGUUUCAGUAAAGCCAGAAAUACCCAAACCGGUCCAGUCUCAGCCUCAAAAGUCUCCUCAGCUUAGUGCUCAGGUGAUUUCAAAUCCCAGCAAGAGCAAACCCAAUGAAGUGCCAAGUCUGGGCCGCAGAUACAGUCCGUUACUGGAUCGUAAACUACGCCACCUGAAAGCUAAUGAAACCAGCGGGGCACGAGACGGACCGGCAGCCUCUCCGCUGGCUCUUUUAAUGGCAGCAAAGGAAAGAGACAAACAGAGAUCAACUCACCACUCUCUGUCGCGGGAAAACAGUGCCAAGAGCGACCAGUCGAGUGCAAGCAUCCACCCGAGUGACUCAAGUCCCAAUUCCUUUGUUGUGAUCCCAAGGUCUGGCUCAUCCUCUUCUCUAACAUCCACAGAAGAAAGACUCCAGGCGAGUCUGAAAUCUGUCAGUUCUGUGGAAAACACACCAACAGUUCAGACUCCAGCAAAAUCCAGAAGUCCUGAACUGAUAAAAGAACGGACGCCAUCCACCAAUCCAGCUCUUGAUAGGAUCACAGCAGCUGCAUCCCCAGCUGUGAGCAACCUGACAGAGCAGAAACAAAGUUCACAGCAAAGUCCCCUGAAGUCCCAGCCUGUGCAGCAGGAGGACAGUAAAGAGGAGCUGAAUGUGCCCUUACUCCCUCCACCACCAGAGUUUGAUGAUUUAGACGAGAUGAUGGAGCCGCCCCCGUCCAUCCUUCCCCCUGACCCUCCCAUCAAAAAGGUACCGAGACCAACCGUGAGUCUUCUCGCUCCGGCUCCAGUUCCAUCUCCUCCUCCAAAUCCUCCAAAACCUCCACCCCCGGCACCUCCCAAACUCCCACCUCCCGACUUUGAUGUCAAACCAAAGCCACAAGUCCAGACAAAACCCAAGUCAGCCCCCGCUCAGCUGCCACCCAAUCUUUCCCCCAGUCAGGCCACUCUUCUGAGCAUCUUACAAAAGAAGAUGCUGGAAAUGGACCACAAAAUGGGCCCAGCCAAGGACGCAGAGCCCAGUUCUGAUGACUGGGGCACCCCACUGUCUGAUGAGGACAAUAAAAUCCCUGUUGUGCUCAAAGCCAAACCGCCAACCAAAAGCGUCCCCGUUGUCAACAAAGCAGCAACUCUGGACAUGCGGGAGCUGGAGAAUAAAGUGGCCAGAAAAUAUCAGGAGACGGCGCCAGUCAAAGCUCCUACGAGCAACGGACCACAGUCAAAACAUCAGUACGGCAUGACUUUUACGGUUCGGCCUGGAACCAAACAGCCCAUUACACUUGUUCAUAAAGGGGAGCCGUAAGGUUCUGUGGAAAUGGGACACAUCUGCUGUACAAAGCGCACAUUGUACGUGUUUGCAUAUUUUUACAUUAGCAGGAAUUUGUACGACAGGGUAAAGGCACUUUGAACAAAUUGGUUACAUGAAUAUGGAAAGAAUGUCUCAUAACAACAGAUCUGCUCAGUUAUGAAUGACUGAGCUCACACUGUCAAAGCGUUCUCUUUUACAUUUUUAUAUAUUGUACACAUUUUUGAAGCGUCACAGUCAGGUGGACCUUUUUUUUUUAAAGACUUUUGUUUUGCUGCUGCUGUUGUUCCAGUGUAGAGCUAUAUGUUGCACAUGUUGCCUUUUAACCACAGCUUUUAAUCGAUCUUAAUUCCACUUGGGUAACGUAGAACAGUUUUGAUUGUAAAAUACAUAUUUGUUGUCGUUCGUGUUCUUUCACUGUUACAUGUACAUGAUGCAGGUCGACUGGUGCGACAGUUAAUCAGAUGAGUGCCAGAGUCCGUUUCCCAUAUUUAUUGAUCUAACAAGUGUCAGUAUACAAGUCAACUUACUUUUACAGUGAAAUCUGUCAGUAUAGUUGCAUUGCAUUGUUAUUGAUGUACAUAUGUUUGUAUAAAAUUAAAACAGAACUUGGAUGUUGUAAGAUGCAGCUCUAUGUACACGUUAAGGUUAUAUAUUCAUCGAACUGAGUUAUUCAUCUACAGCAAACGUUGCCCAACAAAUGCCCACGUGGAAAUAAAAGCAAACAGGAACUAGA